AUGUCCUCAACCCCUGCUGCUGAUAUCGUUGAGCCUUCAGCGGAGCCGGAGCGUGAUCUUCACCGGAGACUGCGGGAGCGGUUUCGCGUGGUAGCUGAGACGAUUGAGACAGACACAGCAGACGACGACACCUUCUACGAGGUUCGGGUAGACAUGGCGGACGCGGAAGAGAAUAGGAUCUUGAAUGAAAUUGGAAAACCGUCACUCGAUGGUUUGCUUGCGAGCAUCAAUGCACCGACAAUCGACAAUAAUAAUUUCGAGAUCAAGGCCGGCACCAUAUCGAUGUUGCAGAAUGCGGUGCAGUUUUAUGGCAAGGAUCACGAGGAUCAAAGUGUUCACAUCGCGGGGUUUCUAGAGGUUUGUGCCACAUUUAGGAUUCGUGAUGCAUCAGCGGAUGCUAUCCGCCUUCGGCUCUUUCCGUUUUCCUUACGGGAUGGAGCCAAGGAGUGGCUUCUUUCACUUCCAGCUGGAUCUAUCACUACAUGGAAUCAAUUAGCUGAGAAGUUCCUUCAGAAAUAUUUCCCUCCAGAGAAAACUGUUCGGUUGAGAACCAAGAUUCUGAACUUUCGUCAGGACGAGGACGAGUCCCUUUACGAGGCAUGGGAGCGGUUCAAAGAGCUUAUGAGAAAGGUCCCACAUCACGGGUUGCCCAAGUGGCAACAGUGUCAGAUCUUCUACCAUGGUUUGGACAGUCAGGGACAGAUGAUGAUUGAUACAUACUCGGGUGGUGAUAUUGGCACGAAAAAUGCCACCGAGGCAUUUGAGAUUCUUGAGAAGUGUGCCGCGAAAAACCGGACGCAACAGCCCCCGAGGGGAAAGAAUUCUCGGCAGGGAGUUCAUCAUGUGGACGACUACACAGCCAUGACAGCACGUAUGGAUGCCUUGUCUUCGAAAUUUGAUCGAGUGAUGGAAAUGCACUCGAGAGGUUCUUCGAGUCGGGGAGCAUAUCAGAAUCAUCCAAACUUUAGUUGGAAGCCCGAUGCUUCUAACCAACAUCCACCAGGAUUUGCUCCACGUCCCACAGCUCCGACCCAUGGAGCAUAUGGUCCACCUCGUCCUCAGCAGCCGCCUCCUUCUAGUGAUCCUAGUGUGCAUGAUAUGCUUAGUCAAAUCUUAGCUGGUCAAAACACUCAAAAAGCGAAGAAUGAGAAGCGUUUUAGGGAGUAUGAAGGUCGUUUCACGAGGCACGAGAGUGAGUUGAAAAGCCAAAAGGCUUCCAUGCAGGCCAUUGAGAACCAAGUUGGCCAGAUUGCCAAGAUGUUGUCAGCGAGACAACAGGGGGGCCUUCCGAGCAACACAGAGCCAAAUCCAAAUGCUACAGCAAAGGCCAUCACGUUGAGAAGCGACAAGACCGCUCAAGCCAUCCCUCCGGCUGUUUCAGAAAAGCCAGUCGAUGACGAGGAGGUUGAUGAGGAGAUUGAGGCUGAGUCUCCGGGUGAGGUGCAACAGAGGCGAGUCCCAGCAAGUACCGCAUGA